AUGACAAUCACCGGUAAAGCAACAACAUACAGUGCACCAGGUUCAGAUUUACCUAAUGUUCUUCAACAAACCACAUUUGUGAUUGAUGAAGCUGCUAUUCAACCCAAUGAUGUUGUUGUGAAGACUUUAGCAACCCCAAUUAAUCCUAGUGAUGUUGCACAAAUUUUUGGCGGAUAUAACGAUGCAGUUCCAAGCACUCGUUUAGGUAGUGACACUACCCCUCAACCUUUAAGUGUCGGUGGUAAUGAAGGAGUUUUCAAAGUGAUUCAAAUUGGUAGUAAUGUCAAGAAUUAUGAAGUUGGCGAUGUUGUCAUUCCUAAAUUACCAGGGUUUGGUACUUGGAGAACUCAUGCUGUGGUAGAUAUUACUCAAGAUAGUGAUUUGACCCCAUUUAUCAAAGUCAAUGAUUUGACUAUUGAUCAAGCAGCAACAAUUUCUAUUAAUCCAUCAACUGCAUACCAAUUGUUGCAUCAAUUCGUCAAAGAUUGGAAAUCUGGUGAUUGGAUUAUUCAAAAUGCUGGGAAUUCUCAAGCCAGUAAAUAUUUGACUCAAUUGGCUAAAUUGAUUAAUGUUAAUGUUCUUUCGAUUGUUCGUGAUGGUAAACCUCAAGAAUUAUACGAUGAAUUAUAUGAAUUGGGUGCCACCAAAGUUUUAUCGGAAUCGGAAUUUUUGCAUCCUGAGUUCAAUAUCGAAGAUGUCACCAAAGGAGAAGGUAAUGUAAGAUUGGCAUUGAAUAGUAUUGGUGGGGAAACUGUAGGUGGAUUGGUCAAAGGUCUUUCUCGAAAUGGAGUUUUGGCAACCUAUGGUGUUCUUGGUGGUGGAAAAAUCUCUUAUGAUGGUCGUAUUCAAUUGUUCAAGAAUAUAUCUACCAGAGCUUAUUGGUUGACAGCUAACACCAAGGCCAAUCCACAAUCGAAAGUUGAUACUGUGGAAGCCGUUUCUAAAUUAUUUAAAGAAGGUAAACUUAAGGUUGCUGCUUAUAAUAAAGUGAAAUUUGAUUCUACAGGUGAUUUGAAAGCUACAAUCCUUAACACAAUUGGUAAGUCAAAGUCAGGUAAACAAGUGGUUAUCUAUGAGUAA